GAUUGAUUCUGCCUUUUUUUAUCUUCAAAACUGAAUGAAAAUACAUAUUUUGCAUCUCAUUUGGAAGAAUAGCAGGGCUCUGAAAUCCAGAUGUAGCGUGCAUAAUACUAAUUGCCUGGAAAGGAAGACGUGGGAGAUGUUUAGUAAGUGAACUGUGUUUUCCUUGUAUAUGAACUUAGUGGAUGCUGGCUUUGUUUGAAAACGCUGUCAUUUAGUGAUGCUCAAGGAGACAAGAAUAUAGAAUCUAGUGACAUUUUUUAUAAUUUAACAUGUGCUUGCCAUUUGGAUCUUCAAACUCAUGUAGUCAGUUCUUGAAAUGUGCUCUCUUUAAGACUUUUUUGUAGGGACUGAUUUCAUGCAGACAUUGUACAAAACAACAACUAGUCUUAAAUCAGACAACCAUUUUAUAUUUGGAUUCUCCAAAGCUUACACGGUGUGCUUUGUUUUGUUUUUUUUCAAUCAAAUGCCUACUGAAGAAUAUAGAGAGGAAAUGUUAAGAAGGCUAUGUUUGGCAUCAAUAAAAGAGGAUCAUUUAACAAAAUGAAGCAAAGAAAGCAGCAACUGUUCUCUCUUCGCCAGAAUUAAUGCCCCCCCCCCCCCCCUUUCCAUAUUCUGUGCAUAGAACCAUUGGUCUGCCUGUUGAUUUGUCUCAGAAAGAAAACUGGAAUUUAACUGAAUACAAUUAUUAGUUGUAAGCUGAUGUGGCAACUGCCCUUGCAGAAAAAAAGCCCAAGUGUGAAAUGACUAAAUCAAAGCUGUGAUCGUAAUACCUCUCAACUGAUGAUAAAGUUUGAUGGUUCCUCGCAUUUGGAUUUUUUCCAGACUCUGUAAAUUCCUGCAUUAUUUAAUAUUCAUGAAUUUCUACUUGUAAAUAGAGAUAAUAUGAAGCAAAAUAAAACUGUCAGUUUCUGGUGAAGACAGCUGCCAAACAUUCUACAUUAGAUUUGUAAAUGCAGACACUAUUUUCAAAGAGCAUCACUUGUUUCUUCCUCUGGAUGUGCUGAAAAGCUUUUUUUCUCAGUUAAAUUAUGGACACAGUCAACAGUCUCUCCCACCCUCCUGUAUUACUUAUAUUGCUGAUGGACCUAGAUUUCAUACUGUUUACAAACUGCCUCUGAAUUUAAAAUGCUGACUGCAGUCUGUCUGAUCUUCGGAGAAGAUAAUUAUCAUCUGUUUAAACAAUAAGAGAGAGGAAAAUAUGAAAUCUUCAAAAACCGAAGUCUAUCCCAUGCAACUAUCAUAUCUAUCUUUCUACAUUUGCCUCCUGCAUUCUCUUCUGCUUCAUCUUAAAUAAAACUACAAACCUUUGGUGGGGUAGCACAGUAUAUAUCCACUCUCUGGGAUGUACCUUCUUAUGUGUAUAUUCUUCUCCCUUGGGGGUCUGGGGCAAGCAUUAAAAAUGUUAAAUUAUUCAAUUUCAGAAGAGAGAGGGUCAAGGAUUGUAAUUGGCAAUAUCAAUAUAGAUGCAGAACUUGAGUUGCCGAGAAUGAGCUAUUUUAAAGUUUUGGAGAAUUCUGCUCCUAACUUAAUUGAUGUUGAUCAGAAUAGUGGGUUGUUGUACACCAAACAACGUAUUGAUCGGGAUACCAUUUGCUGGAAAAAUACAAAGUGUUUGCUGUCUCUAGAAGUUUUUGUUAAUGAUAAAGAAAUAUGCAUGAUUAAAGUGGAGAUCCUGGACAUAAAUGAUAACUCACCCUAUUUUUCCACUGAACAAAUUGAUCUUGAGAUUUCAGAAAAUGCAUCUCCUGGGACUAGAUUUCCUUUGUCAACAGCACAGGAUCCAGAUUUAGGAGAUAACAGUUUGCAGACAUAUAUCAUGAAGCGAGCUGAUACUAACUUGUUUUCUUUGGACAUAAAAUCUCGUGGUGAUGGUACAAAAAUACCUGAGUUAGUUAUCCAGAAAUCUUUAGACAGAGAGGAACAAUCUCACCACAAACUAAUCCUAGCUGCCCUGGAUGGAGGUAAACCUCCAAUGUCAGCCACUCUGCAAAUAAAUGUAAAAGUUAUUGAUUCCAAUGACAAUAGCCCAGUUUUUGAAGCUAAAUCUUACACUGUUGAAAUCCCUGAAAAUUCCCCACUGGGCAAGGUUGUAAUUGAUCUGAAUGCAACAGAUUUAGAUGAAGGCUCUAAUGGAGAUAUUUUGUAUUCGUUUAGUGGAUAUGCAUCUGACAGGGUCUGGGAAUUGUUUUCAAUUGAACCUAAAACUGGAUUAAUACAAGUGAAGAGUAAUUUAGAUUAUGAAGAAAUCCGCCUCAUUGAGAUUGAUGUGCAGGCCCAAGAUCAAGGACCCAACUCUAUACCUGUGCACUGCAAAGUGACUGUGAAAAUUACUGAUAUAAAUGAUAAUGUUCCAUCUAUAAACUUUGUAUCAGUCCGCCAGGGAGAAAUUAGUGAGGCUUCACCUCCUGAUACAGUUAUUGCACUGGUUCGGGUUACUGAUAAGGAUUCUGGAAAAAAUGGUCAACUUCAUUGCUGGGUUCAGGGCAAUGUCCCUUUCAAGCUAGAAGAGAAUUAUGACAAUUUCUAUACUGUUCUAACAGAUAGACCCCUUGAUCGGGAAAUGCAGGAUGAGUAUAAUGUUACUAUAAUUGCAAGGGACCAUGGCAAUCCACCAUUAAAUUCUACAAAAUCUUUUAUUGUCAAGAUCUUAGAUGCUAAUGACAACCCCCCACAUUUCUCUAAACCUUUGUAUAUAUUGCAGGUUUCUGCAAAUAACAUUCCAGGAGAAUAUCUUGGUUCGGUCCUAGCACAAGAUCCAGAUUUAGGGCAAAAUGGCACUGUUUCUUACUCAAUCCUGCCAUCCUAUAUUGAUGGUGUUUCAAUCUACACUUAUGUAUCUGUCAAUCCAAUCAAUGGUGCAAUCUAUGCUCUAAGGACUUAUUACUAUGAACUGACAAAAUAUUUUGAAUUCACAGUGCUUGCUCAAGACUUAGGCUCUCCAGUUUUAGAAAGCAAUGCUACAGUAAGAGUGUCAAUACUGGAUGUCAAUAAUAAUGCCCCAGUCAUUAUUUUACCUAACUUACAGAAUGAUACAGCUGAAAUUUUUGUUCCCAGGAACAUAGGAAUAGGAUAUAUUGUAAGCACUGUUAGAGCAAUGGAUAUUGAUUUUGGAGAAAGUGGUCGACUGACUUAUGAAAUUAUACAUGGUAAUGAAGAGCAUCUCUUUGAAAUUGAUUCAGUAACAGGAGAUAUUAAGCUUCUCCAUCCUUAUUGGCAAGAAGUUGCUCCAGUAUUAGAGCUAAUAGUCAGGGUGACAGAUAAUGGUAAACCAUCACUUUCAACUGUGGCAAAAAUCAUCCUUAAAUCAAAUACAGUUUCUUUCCCUGAAGGAGAAACACAAAUAACUGGAGAACAGAGGGACUGGGAUAUAUAUUUACCUGUAAUUGUAACAUUAAGUGCUAUUUCUGUAAUACUGUUUGCUGCCAUGGUGACCAUAGUUAUAAAGUGUAAGAAGGAAAAUAAAGAUGUCAGGCCUUACAAAGGCAGAAUAGCAGAUUCUAUUCAACCUCGAUUCAUGAAGACAAAAAAUAAAAAAAUAAACAAGAAUGACAUUAUGUUGGUACAGAGUGAAGUAGAAGAGGGAAAUGCCAUGAAUGUUGUGAGUAGUCCAUCCCUUGCUACAUCUCCAAUGUAUUUUGAUUAUCAAAGCAGUUUGCCUCUGAGCUCUUCCCAUUCUGAGGUGCUGUACCUGAAGCCUACAUCCAACCUUUUGACUUCUUCACAAGGAAAUAUAGGAUGUCACAGUCUUUCUGAACCAGUUAGAAACACAACAGAGAAUAAUUCUUCUUGGACUUCCAUAUCUCAGACAGACAAUUUCUCCACAGAGCCCAAUUACAUGGGCAGCAGACAGCAGUUUGUUCAAAGUAGCUCAACUUUUAAAGACCCAGAAAGGGCAAGCCUGCGAGACAGUGGUCAUGGGGAUAGUGAUCAAGCUGACAGUGAUCAGGACACUAAUAAAGGUUCCUGCUGUGACAUGUCUGUUAGAGAAGCACUUAAAAUGAAAACAACCACAACAAAAUGCCAACCAAUGGAUCAAGAUCCCUGCUGUAAAAAAAUUGAUCGGUGUAAUACAAAGUCAGUAUGCAAAACUGUGUGCACAGAGCAAGAAGAGUGUGUAAAUUGCACUGAUGAAUGCAGAGUCCUUGGACAUUCAGACAGGUGUUGGAUGCCACAGUUCCCUGCUGCUAACCAAGUGGAAAAUGCUGAUUAUCGCACAAAUCUCUUUGUUCCUACUGCUGAAGCUCAUGUUGAAACUGAGACUUAUGAAACUGUGAAUCCCACUGGGAAAAAGACAUUUUGUACAUUUGGAAAAGACAAAAGAGAGCACACCAUUCUCAUUGCCAAUGUAAAACCAUAUUUAAAAGCCAAGCGUGCCCUGAGUCCUCUGCUACAAGAGGGUCCCUCUGCAUCAAGCAGCCCUACCAAGACAUGUAUUGAGCCUUGUGCCACAACUAAAGGACCAUUAAAUGGCUGUGAAAUAAAAUCAGGAGUAUUGGCAGACACAUCCAAUCAGUAUCUAUCUACUGAAAGCCAGUACCUGUCACCAAGUAAACAGACAAAAGACCCCCAAUACAUUGCCUCAGAUCCAAUGGGUUGCGUAUUUGCAGAUGUGCGUUCUAGAGUGAGCCGAAAUACAAGUGAAAUGGACGCUGUUUUAGAGCAACUGGAGCAUUCAAACCGUGAUCUGGGUCGAGAAUCAGUAGAUGCUGAUGAAGUAGUGAGAGAAAUUGACAAGCUCUUACAAGACUGUCGAGGAAGUGAACCUGUGACUGUAAGAAAGUAGAUAGCAAAGAUGGGCUAUUGUGUUUUUUGCCUUUUCCUAGUAACAUACAGUUACAGCACAUUUGCAAGAGAGGUAACACUGUAAUAUUGCUUAUUGGCUGUAAGUGAAGAGUUAAAGUGCCCCUAAAUCUUUUUCACUGAUUUGUCAUUUUCUCAGACAAAUACUGGCUUUAUUUUGAUUAAAUCUACAGUUGGACAAAGUCAAUGAAAAACUCUCUGUGGUUAAGUUCGACAAUCUGAUACAUACGGGAAGAGGACCAGAACUCCACCUGGAAUUCAUCGACUUCUUCAAGUCGUUGAUGCUGACUUUUUUGUCUUUUGGUGUAAAACAACCCAUUGAUUAACAGGGUUAACUAAUUUAUGUGUGGAUUUUAAGCAAGCAUCAUUAGCUUCUAAUUAAAGUCCUAACUAAUUUUUCUGUAGUCCUAGCUGCACCAAACGUCACAGCUAUUCGUGGUAAUCAUUUCUAUAGAAAGAACAACAUUCCAAAACAUUUCAGAAACAAUGUCUGCCAUUGACAGCAUUUCCAUGACACAUAGUUAUAUAGAAAAGUAUAUGGUAAGUCGUGUCCUGCACAUAAGCUAUUUCACUUUAUGUAAAAUUAAAAAGUGUUGAUAAACAAGAAUUUUAGUGUCCUGCACAAAUAAAUACAGAUAAAUUAAGUAAUUAUAUUAUUACCCUACAAUAUAAAGUGGUUCUAAAACUUUUUGGCAUGUAAGGGUAAACAUUAAACUCAAAAUUUUUUAACCUCAAUUAUGUUUUCUAUUUGUUGGUUGGACACUAAAAUUGCUCAGGAAGUGAAACUGUCAUUUAAGCAAAUUUCACAUGACCAUUUCUAUGUUCAAAUGUGAGAAGAUUUAACUGUUUACAUCAAAUUACAUAUUUUUAUGAUUUAUUUGCGAUUUUAGUGCAUAUGAGCCAAAUUGUUCAGUGUAUAAGAGCUAUAUUGUGUAUUUUAUUAAAUUAAUAUAUAGUUGUGUUGCAAAAAAAAA